ACUAAUAGACGAACCUCAUUACCGCCCAAUUGGUCUAUUCAACAACGAGAUAAUGGGACCGCAAACUAUUAUUUAAACACGAUAACAGGAGAAAUGCGUUCAACUUUUCCUUAUGAUGACUCUAAACCAAUCUAUGAUGACGAUGACGAUGACGACGACGACGACGACGACGAUGACAACGACGGCGAUGAUGAUGAUGACAAUGAUGAUGAUGACGAUGAUGAUGAAUCGUAUGAUGGAUCAGCCACAUCAUCAAUAACAAGUAAUUACAGUAAUAAUUCGAAUUCAGAUUCAGUUUUAAUAGAUAAAUUUCCCCCAUCAACAGAUGACUCAUCUGAGCAAUCUCUGAAAGAAAGCAAGUGGAUUCAACGUACCACACCACAAGGGCUCCCAUUUUUUUAUAAUCUGUCAACUCACGAGACUGCAUGGCAUGCAAAUUCACAGAAUAAAAAGGUAGAGUCACAAAGGCCCUCAAAUAAUAGAAGUAGUUUAUAUUUACAACCCUCUGUAAUCAACAUGAACGAAGCACUUACUUGGGAUAAAGUUUCAACUCAUAUUGCUCUUACCAUUAAUAACUUGAUUGCAUCUGUUAAAGUAUUACAACGAUCUCUUUAUAAAAAGUAUGCAGCAAAUGUGGUUGAAGCGAUACGAUUCAUGUUAAUUGCUUCAGGUACCAUUAGUAAAGAAUCGGUACAUGUCAAAACGAAUAACGUGCUUCGAUCUUAUCAUCGUGCUAUCAUGGCAUCAUUAUCUAAACUUGUUUUAUCUGCCCAAUUAUUAUCUGCCAAUAAUCAUGGCCUUGAUAGUAAUAGUGAUACCAGUACUAGUAAGUUAUUAUCUGAUUGUCAUGAAUUAUUAGUCGCCGUUCGUAAUUUUACCAACAUUUGUGAGAAUAUACCCGUCGAAUUACAUCAUAUUGAUCCUACCAUUAUCUCGAUUCCUACUGACCCAAAGGCUUUAUGGCAGGACACUAUACCUCGACAAAACUUGAUUCCAUCAACUGGUUCAGUAAUAAUGAUGGAUGAUAACAAUGGACAGCAAGGACUAACUCGGGCAACAUAUCAAUUACAAGCUGAUCUCAUCGAAAAUCUUGAUGCAUAUGGUGCCAGUAUGCAGGAAUCGAUGGAGUCAUUGAUGGCCAAUUUGACUCGACAUAGUGACUCACGAUGUUCAUUAGCUGUUCUUUUAUUUACACAAUAUCGCAAUUUCGGUAAUCAAAAUGGACAAUUCUUAUCAAUUAUUGAGGAUAUUGAUUUUGAUGGUGUAGUUGAUUCACCCUUUAUGAAGCAGCUUGUAAUGGCCAAACAAAAGUUGUACGAUGGUUUAGGCUCCUUGUUUUUUAAAAUGCAACUUAUGACAGAUGAAUUAGUAUCAAUGAAUAAAGCUAUCUCUGAAAUGCAAGAGGCAGCUCAAUCCAUUAUUUACGCUAUUCAAUCUAUCUGUAAGCAUAUGGCUAAUUUAGUUAUGGAAAAGAAUCAAAUA